AUGGAUGACGAUGAAGGAGGAGCAGGUGGAUUCGUGCGUACACGCGCAAUGAAACAGCAAAUACAAGAAGAACAGCGCAAACCGCUGGCCAGGAUCGAUGGGGCGACCGUGGACGUGAACGCCCUAUGGGAACAGAUGAAUGCGCCCCAAGGACAAACCGGCUUGCAGCCACCUCAGACCCAGCAGAUACCCGAAUCCGCCGCCCCCGAACCCGAACCAACGAAAGUACCGGACCCGGGUGCCAGGGACGUGGAACACAAACUAGGCCAUGCCGCGCACGCUGACCAGAUGAUCAAGAUCAAGCGCACCUACAAGUUUGCCGGAGAAUGGAUCACCGAGGAGAAAGUUGUUCCCAAACACUCGGCGGAGGCUAAAGCGUUUUUGUCGAGUGGGGAGAAUGUUGAAUACGCGGAUGCCGCAGCCGCAGCCGCAAACACCGCUCGUAACCUUCGGCGACCGCUUCGCAAGAUUUCGCGAUUCGACCCUAACCCGACCGGCACGAUUAAGAAGAGCUGGGAGAAGCAACUUGCUACCGACGACAAGGACGCCCGCGGACCCAAAAUCAACACCGUGGAGAAGUCACGACUCGACUGGGCUUCAUACGUCGACUCGGCGGGUAUCAAGGACGAGCUGCGUACGCAUAGCAAAGCCAAGGAGGGUUAUAUCGGCCGCAUGGAUUUCUUGGGUCGUAUGGAAGACAAAAGGGAAGACGAACGGCGGGCUGCACGGCUCAAGGGCAUAUGA